AUGACAUCAAUUAAAACAGUGGAAGAUCUGGUGCUUGGCGUGUAUACGCAUGCUUCCCUAUGGCACAGGCCGUUGCGUGCAGAGAGAGAUGCAGUUACUGCAGCUGCCAUCAAUCUCAAUCUCGCAUGGUACACUGCAAAAACUUCAACUAGGAGCAUCAAGGAUAAUCCGCAGCACGCAACAUUCCAGACAUUUGCAGCAUGCGGCGAAGAAUGCCAUUGGGGUGGCCAUGUUAAGUUUUCCAGCUUUCCUUCCUUCUCACUCAGCAGGUGGAUCCAUGGCCAAUGGAUGAUUAUUAACUAUGUAUGGGUCCUUGAAACCAAUACUGGAGCGACCUGGCGUGUCGGUUACUUGCGUCUCACAUGGGUUAUCUGCGGGAGGAAUCCUAUUGGCAUAGUGGUAAUGGUUACAUUGUUUGAUAUACCCAUUAUGUGGCUUGUCAUGAAAAGUAGGACUCCGUCCUUGGGUGUUGUCACGUCUGUUAUGAUCCCUCCUGUCGUGCUAUAUCAAUACUUGACUCCGGGUUCAGGAGUGUCUACACAAGACUUAGCUUGGAUGAGGGGUUCAAUGAUUGCUUUUGGCAUCAUCGCUGCAUUGGUAAUGAAUGGUCUUGUUUUUCCUCAGUACAGCCAGGACAUUGAGAUUGCUCAGCCAAUUAUACCUUCUCCUCGUACAAAACCAAUGUGCCACUACCACGAAGUUGUCCUCAAAAUACAGAAGAUUCUUGACUUAAUGACUGGUCUUAGAAAGAUACGGGAAAAUAUACCCCACAAGGAGACUAUCGCGUCAGUCCUGAAAGAACGGAAGGAAUUUCUCGACAACCUCUACCGCAGUUCCUCCCAUCUGCGAGACAAGCACUUGAAACACUUGAAUUGA